AUGGAAGAUGUUAUAGCACGCAUGCAAGAUGAAAAAAAUGGAAUUCCUAUUCGGACUGUCAAAAGCUUUCUUUCCAAGAUACCCAGUGUCUUCUCUGGAUCGGACAUUGUACAAUGGUUAACAAAGAACUUAACUAUAGAAGAUCCAGUGGAGGCUCUCCAUUUGGGGACAUUAAUGGCUGCCCAUGGCUAUUUCUUUCCAAUCUCAGAUCAUGUUCUCACAUUAAAGGAUGAUGGCACAUUUUACCGAUUUCAAACACCCUAUUUUUGGCCAUCAAAUUGUUGGGAACCGGAAAAUACAGACUAUGCUGUUUACCUCUGCAAGAGAACAAUGCAAAACAAAGCCCGGCUGGAGCUUGCAGACUAUGAAGCUCCUGGUUGUGUAAACACCACCGAAGUGGAUAUUAAAAAAUCAUCCAGAAUGAGGAAUCCUCACAAAACUCGGAAGUCAGUCUAUGGAUUACAAAAUGAUAUUCGAAGCCACAGCCCAACCCACACACCCAUUCCAGAAACUAAGCCUCCAACAGAAGAUGAAUUACAUCAACAGAUAAAAUAUUGGCAAAUACAGUUGGACAGACAUCGGUUAAAAAUGUCUAAAGUUGCUGAUAGUCUACUAAGCUACACAGAACAAUAUGUUGAAUAUGAUCCCUUUCUUGUGCCACCUGACCCUUCUAAUCCUUGGAUGUCAGAUGAUACCACUUUCUGGGAACUCGAAGCAAGCAAAGAACCUGGACAGCAGAGAGUUAAACGAUGGGGUUUUGGCAUGGAUGAAGCAUUGAAAGAUCCAGUUGGGAGAGAACAGUUCCUCAAAUUUCUGGAGUCAGAAUUCAGUUCAGAAAAUUUGAGGUUCUGGCUGGCAGUGGAAGACUUGAAGAAGAGAACAAUUCGGGAAGUCCCCACCCGAGUCCAGGAAAUAUGGCAGGAAUUUCUGGCUCCAGGUGCACCUAGUGCCAUUAAUUUGGAUUCCAAAAGCUAUGACAAAACAACACAAAAUGUGAAGGAGCCAGGACGGUACACAUUUGAAGAUGCUCAGGAGCAUAUUUAUAAACUGAUGAAAAGUGAUUCCUACCCACGUUUCAUACGAUCCAGUGCCUACCAGGAGCUGCUACAGGCAAAGAAAAAGUUGGGCAGCUCAAUGGAUCGCAGAACAUCUUUUGAAAAACUUGCACACAAUGUGGGCAGAAACAUCCCUAUUUUCCCAUGCCAUAAAAACUGUACACCAACACUGAGGGCCAGCACUAACCUGUUAUGA